UGUAUGAUAUGUGAUGAUGCUUGGAGAAUUUUCGAUAGAUGGGCCCUGAUCCUGGAUGUCGAUGCAGUUCCUGUAGGCAAUAUUACACUGCAUACACUCAGUACCGUAUCCUGCACAUUUCUACUGGAGUCGGCCCGAUUGAGCGCUACUACGAUUCCUAGUAGCACCUACUACAUACUCAAGUGCCAACGGGAUAUAGUAUUAGAAAUUCUCUCUCGUGUCAACAGGGUGGUCAAUCGACCCCUCUUCAUGUCCCAUUCAAGUGACCGUAUAUCGACCUGUCUGUGGUUUUCUAUAUCUGCUAUAAAUCUGCUGGCAACGUUGCAUGCAGAGAAGGGGUUGAUAGCACUGUGCGAUAAUCACUGCGGUCAGUGGUCAUCUUAGUCACUCGACACCACGCUGCGUGCAACUUUCAGGAGAACAAACGACGACACAGACAUGCCUUCUCGUAGAGAUGACGAGCGCCGUCCGCGUCAUGACCGAUCGCGCUCCAGAGAUGGAAAAAGUGGCAACGACCUCCCACGAGGCGUCUCACCCAUAUCAGAGUCGGACUACUUUUUGAAAAACACAGAGUUUAGAAUAUGGCUUAAAGGAGGAGAAACACAAGAUCCUGACCGACGUCCAGAGUUCCUAUACUCUGAGGCCGACUCCCAUAUGUCAUCAGCAGCAAACCAAACAGCUUACAAAUGGUCCUUCGCAUCCAAGGGCUCAAGUGUGGAUGCAGGAACCCUGAGAGCUGUUCGAGAAGAGGUUGAUUCUGCUACGUACCGGCGUGCUACUAGUUCAUCCAAUACCGGUAGAAGUCGGAGCCGCGUACUCGGCCCAACUCUCCCUUCAGCGUCAGAUCGGGUCCUCGCCCGGGAAGCUGCAUCAGAAUAUCAAGCAGCGGAACAUGGCAUGAAGCGUAAACGAGAUCGCGCAGAAGCGAAGGAACGCGUUGAGGAUAUGGUGGGGCCGAAAGAGGUCGGCAAGGAGGGUAUGCUGGAGAAGAAGCGCGCCCGGAGAGAGACCGAUCGUGCAUUUAGGGAGAAAGGUGAUGACGGCUUCGAAGCCGACGAGUCGACCCUCCUUGGUGGUGGGGAUAGUUUCAGGGACCACAUUGCUCGACGAGAUGCAGCACGGAAACGAUUCGAGGAGAAGCGUGCUGCAGGGAGAGAAGACAAAACUGCUGGUGUACGUGAACGUGCUGUAGCCUUGCGAGAGAAGGACAAGGCUACGAUGGACAUGUUCCAACAGUUGGCAAAGCAGAGAUUCGGCUAGUCACGCCGCUCGUCCGUUGUUUGAUGGAUUGGUGAGUAUUUUACAACGUGUUGCUAUACGUGGUUACACAUGGGGAUUACAAAAUGGGAAUAUGAUUGACAAGCUGCUCAUUUACGCUAUACUGCUCUCCUUGAAGAAAUUAUAGCUAACACUAUUGCCUUAAGGCCCUCGAAUUCUUACUCGAGCGGGGACUGUCCCACGCCCUUUCAUCUGCACCUAACA